UCCACUCAGUUCCCAUAUUAGAUUUCUCUUUUUCAUAGCUUGUCGUCUGGAUCUUUAUUCUUCAUAUCUGCCUACUUAUUUACUUAUUGGGUGUAUUAAUGGAAUUAAAGAGCAGUAGAGCACAUGGAUUGUAAAAAACAAGAAUCUGCUUCAUAAACUUGCUGUCUAGUCUUUUUGAUUUCUGUGUAGUUCGUUCAAAUUUUGAAUAUGGAUUCUAGCUUUUUAAUUGGAACAGGGAAUCUGAUUCUGCUUUCUGCGUUCUGCUUUCUAUCUUUUUUUGGAAUUGAACUUCUUAUCCCCUUCAUUUCCCCCAUUUCCCCUUCUCCCCUUCCCCUUUACCCUCUAUAUUCUUCCUGCUAAUUGUUUGCUUGAUGAGAAAGCUGAAGAAACAAAAUUAAAUAAUAAAUUUGAAGCGUGUCUAAAUUUCCAAUAGAUGAAGAACAAAGUUCAAAUUAGUGUAAGAGGUAUGAUUGAGUUGAUGAUUUUAUUUCUAUGAUUAAUGAAUUCUAUUGUUUGCUUCUUCUCACUAGUUUUGCUCAGAAAUGAAGAGUGUAUUUUGGUGAAUAAUUAGUUAUUAAAUUCAAUGUUGCUCAUUUCUAUCCUCGGACAUUCUCAUAGGGGAGCCUUGGGUACUACUAGCCAUCUAACUUUCAUCUCUGCUGAUGAUGAAGCUCUGGUUUUUCUUCUCCUCAAAACCCAUGAUUAAUUGACUGCAAAUUCUCUGGCAGCAGCAGUCUGCAAAUUCAUUUGGGAUGCACGAGGAAUACUGCACUUUUGAUUUGAAAUGAAGGCGACAGUUCUUGUUUCAUAUCUCUUUGCCUUCUUUGGACUGUUUUCAAGCGUCUACAGUAGGAAUGUUGCUUCAAGACCUGCUGUUGUGAAUAUUGGAGCCCUUUUCUCAUUUGACUCUACCAUUGGAAGAGUGGCCAAGAUUGCCAUUGAGGAAGCUGUCAAAGAUGUAAAUGCAAAUUCUAGCAUUCUGCAUGGAAGCAAACUUGUUGUCACGAUGCAAAGCUCCAACUGCAGUGGGUUUACAGGCAUGGUUGAAUCUAUGCGAUUCAUGGAGACUGAUGUCGUUGCAAUUAUAGGCCCUCAAUCUUCUGUAGUUGCUCAUAUCAUAUCCCAUGUUGUAAAUGAACUGCAAGUUCCUCUAUUAUCUUUUGCCGCAACAGAUCCCACUCUUAAUUCACACCAGUUCCCCUUUUUUGUUAGGACAACACAAAGUGAUUUAUACCAAAUGGCUGCAAUAGCCGAAAUAGUUGAUUAUUAUGGUUGGAAGCAGGUAAUUGCCAUUUUUAUCGAUGAUGAUUUUGGAAGAAAUGGCAUGUUAGCUCUAAGUGAUAAACUUGCUGAGAGGAGGUGUAAAAUCUCUUACAAAGUGGGGAUUCCACCAGACUCUGGUGCUAAUCGGGGAGACAUCAUGGAUAUUCUUGUUAAGGUUGCAUUAAUGGAAUCUCGAGUUGUUGUUCUUCACGUGAAUCCUAAAUUAGGUUUCAGUCUCUUUUCCGUGGCGAAAUAUCUUGGGAUGAUGGGUAAUGGAUAUGUAUGGGUUGCUACAGAUUGGCUCUCAUCUUAUUUAGAUUCUUUUUCUCCUCUGCCUUCUGAGACCAUAAACAUAAUGCAAGGAGUUCUUGCUUUACGUCAAUACACACCUGAUUCAGAUAGGAAGAGAUCCUUUUCCUCUAGGUGGAGCAAGUUGGCUGGUGGUUCUCUGGGGCUAAAUUCUUAUGGGCUUUAUGCUUAUGAUUCUGUCUGGCUGGUUGCUCAUGCUAUUGAUGCCUUUUUUGACCAGGGUGGGGUGAUCUCAUUUUCUAAUGAUUCCAGGUUGCGUUCGGAAGGUGGUAAUCUUCAUCUUGAUGCAAUGAGCAUUUUUGAUGAUGGACUACUCCUGCUGAAGAACAUAUUGAAGAGUGAUCUUGUUGGUUUAACAGGUCCACUAAAGUUUGAUUCAGACAGAUCUCUGACCCUUCCUGCAUAUGAUGUUGUUAAUGUGAUAGGAACUGGGUAUAGACGAAUUGGUUACUGGUCCAAUUAUUCUGGUUUAUCAACUCUUCCUCCUGAGACACUAUAUAUGAGGCCACCAAACCGUUCUAGUGCAAACCAGCAAUUAUACAGUGUUAUUUGGCCUGGAGAGACGGUAUUAAAGCCCCGUGGAUGGGUAUUUCCCAAUAAUGGGAAGCAACUGAGAAUUGGUGUGCCCAUUCGAGUUAGUUUCAAGGAAUUUGUAUCGCAAGUGCGAGGGACUGACAUGUUCAAGGGUUUUGCCAUAGAUGUAUUUACAGCUGCUGUAAGUUUAUUACCAUAUGCUGUUCCAUAUCAGUUUAUCCCCUUCGGAAAUGGUAAAGAAAACCCCAGCUACACAGAACUUGUGAAUUUGAUCACGACGGGUUUCUUUGAUGCUGUUGUUGGUGAUAUUGCCAUAGUCACAAAUCGAACCAAAAUUAUAGAUUUUACACAGCCAUAUGUUGCAUCAGGAUUGGUUGUUGUGGCCCCAUUUAGGAAAUUGAAUUCAGGAGCCUGGGCUUUCCUGCGGCCAUUUAGUCCACUUAUGUGGAUUGUUACUGGCUGUUUCUUCAUUGUUGUUGGCACAGUGGUCUGGAUUCUGGAGCAUAGGAUAAAUGAUGAAUUCAGAGGCCCACCUAAAAGACAAGUUAUAACUAUUUUAUGGUUCAGCCUCUCAACCUUAUUUUUUGCCCAUACUGAUUUAUUUGUUGCUUUUGUAGGAGAAAACACUGUGAGCACCCUGGGUCGUUUUGUGCUAAUCAUAUGGCUCUUUGUGGUUUUAAUAAUCAACUCAAGCUAUACUGCGAGUCUGACAUCAAUUCUCACAGUGCAGCAAUUAUUUUCUCCUAUCAAUGGGAUUGAAAGCUUAAAGGAAAGUGAUGAACCCAUAGGAUACCAAGUGGGUUCUUUUGCUGAAUAUUAUUUGAGUCAGGAACUUGGAAUAUCUAAAUCUAGGCUUGUUCCCCUAGGAUCACCUGAAGCAUAUGCUAGAGCACUCCAACUUGGUCCUACAAAGGAUGGGGGUGUUGCUGCAGUUGUUGACGAACUUCCUUACGUUGACAUCUUCCUAUCAACCCAAUGCACAUUCAGGAUUGUAGGUCAAGAAUUUACAAAAAGUGGCUGGGGUUUUGCAUUUCCACGGGACUCUCCCUUAGCUGUUGAUAUGUCAACUGCAAUUCUAGCACUAUCGGAAAAUGGUGAUCUUCAAAGGAUCCAUGACAAGUGGCUCAUGCAUAGCAGUUGCAGUUCAGAUAGAACUGAGAUCGAAUCAGAUAGACUUGAGCUUAAAAGCUUUUGGGGCCUCUUUGUCAUUUGUGGGCUAGCUUGCUUCUUUGCUCUCUUCAUAUAUUUUCUGCAGAUUAUACGCCAAUUAUAUCGCGUUCCCCCUGCAGAAUCCGCUUCCCCUACUCAAGGUGGCUCACGCUCUGGACGUCUGCAUAGGCUAUUAUCAUUAAUGGAUGAGAAGGAAGACCAGUCACGGCAAAAGAAUAAGAGAAGAAAAGUGGAGAGAUCAUUUUCUGAGAAUGAUAGGGAUGUAGAGUUGGGAAGGAAUACCAAGAGGAAAGGAAUAGAAAUGACCUCAGGGAGCAACAUCAACCCCAGCAGUUGAUUCUCUGCUUGUUCAUUAGAAUACACAGCCCUUGUUGUACGAUGACACAUUAAUCAACAAAGGACAUGCGUUAAAGCCUCGUAAUUGUUUAGAGGAGUUCAAAUAAUAUCUUUUUGUAGGAAUUUUAGCAUACAAAAUUUAAAUUAUCCCCAUAAGAGAAUCAUGACAUGAUGAUUUUCCCUUGUGAAGAAAUGUAAAAUGAGAACAGUAAAUGUACUAAAGAACUACGAUGGUUUUUUUU